AUUUGACUUGUGAGGCUAAAUGAUAUGUAUCCUUUCAAAAGAAGAAAAAGAAAAAGAUUUGGAUUACAAUUCACAUUUGACACUGUGAGGCAAAACACAACAGAAGAGAAGAUGGGUUUGCUGAGUCUGGAUCAACUCAAAUCCUUCAACUCUCAAGGUUAUCUUGUGAUUGAAUCCUUUGCUACUGACGAUGAGAUUCAAAGCAUGACAAAGAGAAUGGAACAGUUGGUUGAUGAAUUCGAUCCUUCUUCCACCGCCUCUAUUUUCUCCACCAAAAACCAGCAACAGUUGACUGAUAAUUAUUUUUUCGAGAGUGCUGAAAGAGUUUCGUUCUUCUUUGAAGAGAAAGCAUUUGGGGAUGAUGGUAACUUAAAGCAGCCAAAGCAAGUUUCCCUCAAUAAAGUUGGCCACGCACUUCAUGAGAUUGAGCCUGCAUUCAAGAAUUUUUCUUCUUCUGAGAAGACUUCAAGUUUGAUGCGCUCUUUAGGUUACAAGAGACCGGUAAUCAUGCAGUCUAUGUAUAUAUUUAAGCAACCUGGCAUCGGUGGUGAAGUAGUGCCGCAUCAAGAUAACUCAUUUAUUUAUACUGAACCACAAACAUGCACAGGGCUGUGGCUGGCUUUAGAAGAUGCCACCUUAUCAAACGGUUGCCUUUGGGCAAUUCCUGGAUCUCACAAAAAUGGGCUUGUUAGAAAAUUCUAUAGAGAUGAAGAUGGUGUUAAAUUCGAUAAACCAUCACCAUCUUAUGAUAAAAAAGAUUUUGUUCCUAUUGAAGUAAAAGCUGGAUCUUUGGUUGUCAUCCAUGGCAAUCUUAUCCACCAAAGCUUUGAAAAUCAGUCCCAAAAAUCACGACAUGCAUAUAGCUUGCACGUGGUAGAUACGGAUGGCUGCAAAUGGGCACCCGAAAAUUGGAUCAGACGGAAAGUGGAGCCAGAACCACUUUAUGUAAACUAACUAUCUUUGCAAAUUAUGAAAAACUGCUGCUUCAGUAUAAUGUUCACUUGGCAAGUUUGUACUAAGACUAGGUCAUUUGUUGUUAAAGCAUUGUAAUAAAGUCAACCCCACGUGUUGCCUUGCCAUCGAAUGAAUACAUAUCGAUUAAUUGGCUUGGUGUUAUGAAUAAGGGAGAGACUUAGGUGCACAGCAUAAUAUCUGGUGUAUGAGUAUACAACUAAUCUGACACAUGAUAACAAAUAUUGAUAGGCCUUGUACUUUAUAGCAUUUUCAUGCAAUUCAUGUUACUUAGUCUGCA